GUUCAAAUCUGCUAAGGACUACAACAGUAGACAGAAGCCAAGAAAGAUGCCUUGGGUGUUCCUGUGGCAAACCAGUUCAAGCGAAAUGAAAGAAAAAAGCCAGGAGGUUGGAGAAGGCAAGGAUCACAAAAAAAAGAGCAAGGCUUUGUAAGUACAACCGCACUUCUGAAAUGCAUUUUUAAGACUGAACAUUUAACUAUGGAGAAGGUUCAAUUGGAAUUAGCAGUAGUUCCAGUCAGAUGUUUAUUGAGGGAUCAAUGCUCCUUUGCAAGUUGUAGGUUUUUUUUACAGCAUCCACAUGAUAUAAUUGUCAUCCAAAAACCAGCCUAUAUUCCUCCCCCCAUUUAAUCUAGAUUUUAUCCUUUAGCUGAUGAACUGAAAAACCUGCAGCCAAUUGCUGGUUUGCAACAUCUUAACAUCCCAUUUACAAUAUUCAGCACCUGUCUGGAGGCAUGAACAUGCAUGGGAUUAGGUUGCAAAUUCAGUGGAAAGCUUCAGCGUGUGCUUAUUUUAAGUCCCUUGUGCUGAAAUCAAGGGAGCCACUUGGAAUCGUGCCUAAAUUCGGGCAAACUGAUAUGUGAGAAUUUUAGUAGGCUUUCAUGUGCAGCUGUUUGUGUGCAUGGAUACACGUAAAAGGAGCACCCUCUCUCAACAUCUCAUCAUACUGAAAGGCAUGAUUGCUCAAGAAAUAAUCCAGGAGAGACAGACAAUCAUUUCAUUCUACUGACCUCCUGCAAUUGAUAUGCAUUAUGUUUUUCCCCCUAUGCACAAUAAAUUACCGGAUAUUUUUAUCAUUACUUGCAGAGGUGUGGAACUGAAGAACUACUUUUUGUCUAUUGUGCCACACAUAGAAUCACCUGACAUCAAAUAUUCCACCCCCAAAGAUGUAAUGUAAGUAUUAAGUAAUAUUUGCUAUGCAGUCACUAUAUGAUAAUGUAGCUCCUUUUCACAGAUGAUUGCUUCUCACUUUGAUCCAGGUCUGUAUUGCAGAGCACAUGCAUCUGGAUUCAAAUGCACAUGUGCUUUGGCUGUUCUUCUUAUUAUUAACCCACCCUAAGGCCCCAGCACAGGUUUACAAAAUCAAAACACAAUAUUACAAGCAGUUUAAACCAGCUUGCACUCGCAGAAAUAUUGCAACACACAACUAGGCAGUGGUGCAGUUAGAAAAAAAUAGACUCUGCACCCAGAGUGGCUGGGGUACAAUUAUUAUUAUUAUUAUUAUUAUUAUUAUUAUUAUUAUUUCUAAUGUAGCAUCAUGUCAGGCUUUGGGGAAUCAGCUCUCCCUCCCAUGGGGGCAACCCAGAGUCAGAGAAACAAUAAGAGUUCUUACCAUGCAAUUUGUUCAAUAAUUCACCGAGAACAACAAAGGAAUGCAGCCUUCCCUAAUAAUGGUGCUGCUCCAAGUAAAGUCCCACCCUCUAUGUCCCCCUUAUUCAACAUCACUCCUGCGUCGGUUAAUCUGACCUUUCUGUCUCUGAGCUCUCUGAUUUAAUACCCUCAAUGCCCACCUGGUCUUGGGAGAGUGGGGGUCAGGAAUGCUUUCCAAGGACACAGAGUCUGUCAGCUGUCUCUCCCCUGGUGUCUCUUCUUCCUGCUGUCCCUCUUCCAGGAUUUCCCAGCUUUUGCCCUCUAAACUAUUCCCUUCCGCAAACCACUGUUCUAAAUCUAUACUGUCCUCCUGUUCUCAGCAAGGUUCAAGAGAGAGGGGGACGACUCCCAUCAUCCCUCCUCAGUCCAGCCCCUUGACACAGCAGCUCUUUAACUGCUAAUGUGCAUCUAUUUAGAAAUGUGGUACAGCAGCCUUGUUCUGUGUCGGGUGCCCUCCAGCUCAUUUUGCUGAGCCCAGCCAUUGACUCCUGCCCCACAGCCCUUCCCGGAGCAUACCUCUGUCACUUGGCCCCAUUGAACUGGCCAGCUACAUCUUUUGAUGCAAAGGGAGGAUGGGCAGGAACUAGAAAUGCUCGGUGGGUGAGACCAGAUGCUCAGAAAGCUGCCUCCAUAAUGAGUCAGAUACUCCAUGGACAAAACUUUAGACUACUCUUCCAGUUAGUGCCAUCACUUUUUCCCCUCUGAGCCAGGGAAGCAUCUGUGUCUCUGCUUCAGAGCCCAUCAUGCAGCUCUUAGAAGCACAGGAACCUCAUCCCACAUCCCUUCUAACUUAUUGAACCUGGACCCAUAGGGAUGCUGUGGCCAGUCAGAACAGGGGAUCUUCUUUCACUACCUAAAAUCCCAGCAGAGCAACCAGUGGCCUAGGAGUAAUCCUGAGAGUAUCACGUGGUUCAAAAUAUAUUCAUUCUGAAUCUUCUUCCAAUUUCAGUUUUGCAGUGGGUUCUUUCCUACAGUGUGAAAUUUCUAAAUGUGCUACUUAGCAGCUGAGGGUUAUCCAUUCAUCUAAGGCUCAAAACAGAAAGGGGAAACCCACCUCUGCAGAUAAGACAGCAGAGCAUUUCAGAGCCCAGACCUAAAGGAAGUCAGACAAGAUAGCUAACAGAAUUAUCAUAUUGACUCAAUAUCCUGUCAAUGAAUCAAAGGUUUCUCUUAUCGGCUUUUUAGCAUUGUGAACUUCCAAACUCAUGAUUAUGUAGUCCGAUUCAGGAUCUCAUUGAGCCAUCAGGGUGAUGUAGUAAUGGAUAUGGGACUAGAAUGGUAUGAAGUGAAGGUCUUGAACAAAUAAAGUCUCAAAUGUCAGUCCCUACUCAAUUAUGAAACUCAAAGAAUUAGGUGAAUAAGUUAAGAAGCAUAGCUCAGGUGGUAAAGCACAGAUCACAGGCUCAAUUCCAAGAAGAACAAAAUGUUGAGGGGGCCCAUCACCCCCCACUGCCUCUGCACACACUCCCCCCCUCACACUUCUGUGGAGCUCACCUUUCUUCAACACACACAGCUGGGCACAGGAGUCCCAUUACUCUUUCAGCCCCCACCCACCCGAAAGAGGUUUUUGCCCACUUGCCUGCCCACACUUGCCACCUGCUCAACUCACCUGCCUGGCUGCCUACCUCUCCCCAGCUGCCCUGGCUCAGGACACACUCAGAAAUGGCACCGAAAGCAGGGGAAAGAGGGAGGCACCCAGUUGGGGUGCCUAAGGGAGGGAGGUACCAACUUGCAGGAAAUGGGGAGGGAGCUGGCUCCCUCAAAUAUUUUAUUGGGGGGGGGGGCAAAUGGACCAGGACCCCAUAAAGCUGGCGCAUCUAUAAUUUUCAGAGAAACUUGGGGUUAAACUAGACAAGACAUUGGGGAGUUGUGAUCAGUUCUCCCAUCUCUUUACAUUUAUUUUCAAAAAAGACAUGGGGUGAAAAGCAUUGGAACUGCAGUAUUGGGAGGGAAUGCUUAAACCUCCCUCCUAUUUCCUUGGUAUAAAAUGCCCUCCAAGCUGACAGGUACAACACACACAAGUCUCCAACAACAAACAACACUGGCCUAGCUCAAGAUCUCCGUCAAGUAUGUGGUUUCUUGCACUUAAAACCAUGUCUCUUUUCCUUUCAGGCUUCCUGCAGAAGAGGUUACAAAGUGGUCACAGUCCUUAGAGAAGCUUCUGGCAACCCAGUGUAAGCAUUUUAUCACUGUAACAGUUUUAUGUGUUGUGAGUAUAUAAUAUUGAAAGGAAGAUCAGCAAAGCAGAAUUGCCACUUUCAGAAAAUAUGACUCAGUUAAGUAAUAUCCUCUGGGGUGGCCAUGUGCUGUUAUUUGAGACUUUAAAGUCCUUACAUGUCCUGGGCCCCACAGAUAAUAAAGAGUGCUUUCUUCCAUAUAUUCCAUCCCAUUCUAUAAGAUCUGCAGAUCCAGACUUCACCUAUGUCCCUUGGGAUACUGGUUUUUCAUACCCAUCCAUCCCGUCCAUAUUUAAUGUGUGUACAUACUCUGGAAAUAUACUCCAGUCUACUGGAGUUGAAUAUCAAUUCUGACCUUUUUGAAAAGCCACGUUCCAUACUCUUCCAGAAGAUCAGAUUUGGGGAGGGCAGGUGUCUUGUGAAAAGAGAGUGUGGGACCUGGUGAGUCCUUUGCCUGAGACUGUCUGCAGUGGCGUGGUGACCAUCCUUCAUCUCUCCUCUCCUCUCCUCUCUCCCGCCUCUCUCUCUCUCUUUGCCAUUUCCUCCCAGCCCCCUCCACUUCUCAACUUUUUCCUUCCUGCCCAAUGGGUCCAAGGCCACAUAAAAUUAAAUAAUUCUACUAGCGCCCAGUAUAUAAUGUACAAAAACAAUUUGAUCCCUGCAAGGUCUUUCUAUUUGGGGUAUCUCAAGCCUGUUAAUAAUAGAGGUAAGUGGCUACCCAAAUAUAAUUUCACACUUAAACAUGUUUGAACCAUUUGGGCUGCUGUAGCAUUACAGUUGGAGUUUGUUCAACGUUCAUUCAAACCUGUUCCAUCAUCUAGGAUAGCAAACCAAACAGCAUCUGCACAUCAUGUUUUGCAAGAUACACACACACAAACAAACACAAAACCCCUUUUAACAGCCUUCCCUUGCCCCAAGACACAAGCCCUUCAUCACCUUUACUCUUUACAAAGAGGUCACCCCUAUAUCACCUUUUCCAGCAAAGCACAUACCUCACCUCCACUGCUGGCAAAUAAAAACAAACUUCUUGGCCCUCCUUGGGAGAUCAGCAUAUCCUAUAGGAGAACAAAGGAACAGCAGAGCACAAGACUAUAUUAUAAUUCAGAGCUAAGAAUUCCAUUUUCCCUCCAUUCAAUUUCCCCCCAUUCUUUGCCUUUCACGUUGAGCUCCCGCAUGAGUGGAUUUAAAGAGGAAUGAGCCCAAGUGGCAAUGGAGAUACAAGCUUCAGGCCCAAAGGUGAUGGGGAAGGAAAUACAGUGGUAUUCUUGGGUUAAGAACUUAAUUCGUUCUGGAGGUCCGUUCUUAACCUGAAACUGUUCUUAACCUGAGCUAAUGGGGCCUCCCGCUGCCGCCGCCACCCAAUUUCUGUUCUCAUCCUGAAGCGAAGUUCUUAACCCGAGGUACUAUUUCUGGGUUAGUGGAGUCUGUAACCUGAAGCAUCUGUAACCCGAGAUAACACUGUACUUGUUGCUCCUGGCUUCUUUGUAACAACAUGGUUUAAAGCUAUGCCCUAAUAGAAACAGUUUCCCCACCACCACAGCCUGGCUAGAAGGUUAAUCAAUCUACUAUAAAGCAUAGUUUCUUGGUUAUUUUGUCUUCCCCUUGUGUUAAAAUUAUGACUAAAGCCACAUCUGUAUUUCUGCUUAUUGCAGGUGGUCAAGAUGCUUUCAGAGAAUUUCUAAAAUCCGAGUUCAGUGAUGAAAACAUUGAGUUUUGGCUAGCUUGUGAAGACUACAAGAAAACCCAAGCUGAUUGUUUACAUGGCAAAGCAGAGAAGAUUUACAAGGAGUUUGUUCAGAAUGAUGCUACAAAGCAAGUAAGUUUAAAGCUUGGAUAAAGUUUAAAGGGAAAAUGAAUAAAUGUUUAUGGCAGUUUUAUUUGAAAGCAUCCUGGUGCAUUUUAUAGGUUGGCUAUUUCAUAGCUUCAUGGCUAACCCUUUGAAACUUAAGAUAGUAGGAACUCUGCAUGAGGCUAUGCAUUUUGGACUGACCCAUAUGCAGUGUGAAUGCCUACAAGUCUUAUUUCGGUUGCUAUAUAUCCCAUGUACUGAUGGGAAAGUAAUUAAGCUCAUAUUAAAUUGUGAACUGAACCUUCCUGAAACUACUUUUGCACUUCCUAAAACAAUGUGCAAACCAAAAUCCUUCCUAAUUCACACUUCUCCAAAUGUUGUUGAAAUAUACUCAGAGUCGCAAAGUGAUUUCAUGCUCUUUAUUCAGCUCAUAGUGGUGAGGAGGAAUGAAUUAAUGUCCCCUCAAAGUAUCUGCUUUAUAUACAUUAUUUACACAAUGGGCUGCACAUGAUUGGCUAAUUCCGGAAUUCUACUGUAAGCCAAUCAGGUUGUGGAUUCACUUCUAUCUGGAGCCUGAUUGGGUGGUUCCUGCCAACCAAUCAUACUGCUGCAUUGUUCUAGGACCAAUCAGACUGCUGCAUUUUGGAUCCUAUUGUUCUAGGACCAAUCAGACUGCUGCAGUUUGGAUCCUAUUCAACUCAGUACAUAACAGUUGUGGUAGAUGUCCAGGGAGCAUGGUUGUUAAAUUCCUAACAUUUUUUUUUAAAAAAGAAAAAUCUUGAUCUUUUAAUGUACGGCGCUGUUCAAUGCACAACCAGGCAGCACUGCUCCCCAAGGGAAAAUCAAAGCAGCUAACAGCAGAACAACUCUGCUAACACCAAAUAUCAAAAUGAAAGUCAAUAUAACAAAACAUUGCAGAUUUCAAAAAUAAAAGACAAGUCAAAGCUAAAUUCAUGUCAAAACAGACAAUAAAAUAAAUCUAUCAAACCCAUGAGAAUUGAUUCAAAGGUCCUCUAUCUGGACUUAAUGUCUCCAUCUUUCAUCCCUUUUUGUACAGCAAUGGGAGCUGCUUCUCAGUGAGGUGACCCCAUGGUUGAAUAUUGUCUGAAUAUUCUUUGAACCCCAGGGUGAGGGAGAGAUGCAAAUCACGUGGGCCUUUCUUGCCCAGUCAGUGGUCUGCUCCACACUCUCCCAACUGCUGCACCUUCUUCAGACAACAGAGAAUAUUCUAAUAUUACCACAUGCUUCAACUCCUCCUAGGGCACCAAGAAAAAAACCAAUGAACUUGGGCUGUACCAAGUUCCCAUUUACUGUUUCUAUGUGGCACAUGUGCUUGCUGUAUGAAGUAUGAAAAGAGGCACUGAAGUUUUAUAAGAAUGAAAACACAAAGUGGGAAUUCGACCUGAGGGCAUUUGUUUAGUAAUUAACUGGAAGGGUUGUGGUUUUACAUUUAUAAACCAUGUUUUUCUGAUAAUAAUUUGUAUUAGUUUUCGAUUACAAUCCGAUAAUAGCCUCAUUAUAACAAUACCAAUUCAUAAUACAAUUACUAAUACCAAUCGUUCAAAUGCCAAAUUAUAUAAUUUAGAUAAGGUCCCCUCCACUGGCGUGCUAGAAUUGAUGGUUUUCUUUAGUUCAGCAUUCCAAAAUCUGAUUAAUUUUAAAUGCAUUCCAGUCAUAAUAAUAAUCCCUUAUACAACAACUGCAAUAUUAAUAACUUCUAUUCCUAUUGACACAUUAAACGAUUUAUAAAACUACAAGUGAAGCACUCAAACUAUAUCCUUGUUCUUCCUGUGUGUGGCAAUUAUUCUGUCUGUGGUGUUUUUCCUGUCCUUGUAAAAUAUUAUGUCUAUCUUUUCCCAGUUGUUGCUGUUAUCCAGAUUUAUAAACCAUGUUUUGUACUUCAUUUAUGAAACCUGCAUUCAGAUGUUACUGAAGUCUAAUUUUGCUGUCCCUUAGGUCAACAUUGACUUUUACACAAGAAAAGACAUCGCCAAGAAGGCUCAAGAUCCAACGCCUUCAAGCUUCGAUGAGGCCCAGAGGCAUGUGUACAUACUGAUGGAGCGAGACUCCUACCCUCGAUUCCUCAAGUCCACAUUCUAUCGCAAGCUGCUAGAUAAGGUUGACUGCAACAGUCUCAAGUGAGGACCCACCUGGCAAGAGUCAAGGAUGGGCUCUGAAUCUUGUCUGAUGUUGACAUCAGUUUUAAGAGUGGCGGGAUAGCAGCGCACAAGAUGGAACAGUGGACCAAAGGAGAUGUUGGAACUGUCACAAACAUGGACUGGUUUGCAUGUGCGAUGAAGGUGCCUGGAUGGUUCUCUCUGAGAUGAAGUGGUUGAAAAGAAGAGAAGCCAUUUUGCCUUGGCACCACUGGACUAAAGACCGCUUCCUGUGUUAGAAUUUUCUCCUUCGGGAAUGGCACUGCAAGUGAGCCUUGGUGCAGAUGUCAUUAUUGUUAGAAUUCUUGCUCCAUGAUUGCGGUCAUGGGAUUUUUGUCUAUCACAUGACGGUAUAAGGGAAGGACAUGUGUUUCCAUUCCUGCUCUUACAUAAAUAGGCCAAGCUCACACAAUUCUCAUUACUUAACAGUGAUCACUUGCAGCUAGAUGACUGACUAGAUGACUGAAAACAAGAAUCUGAGAGCAGCCUAAGAUAAGCCUGUCUAGUGUAUCUGCACAAGCAUUUCAGUUUGUGAUUUUGAACAAUAUGCCCUCCUCUUCCCCAGAGCUAUUCUGGGAUUCCCCUGGCACCCCCAGAGCCAUUUUUUGGGGAGGUGAAGGAGGAGAAAGGGGAAAGCUCCACUGCUCAGGUAGAAGUCCUUUGGUGAAUCCUAUCAAAAAUGUUUUGGAAAACCUUUGGAAAACCUUAAUUGCCAAAACAAAACAAAACAAAAAAAUCAUCACUGCCUCAAAUGUAAUCCAUCAGAUAUAUAUAUAUAGCACAUUAAGAUGUUUGUGGCUUUAUGACAUUGAGUGCACUGUAUGUUGUUGCUUGAAUCCCAAUAGAUUGGAAUCCCAUUUCCUGUGGAUAUAAGCUAGAGUGAGCAUAAAUUAUAUUUUAGUAGUUGCUAACAUAAGAUAGUCAUAUUUAAUUUAUUGUAAAUGAAUGGCAAGUGACCACUAAUUUAAAACUAUAUAACAAGCCUACCUCACAGGUUUGUUGUGAGGAUAACAUGGGAGAGAAGACGUGGAAAAUAAAUACUAUUUGGGUUUUUUUAAAAAAGUGGGAAGAGAAACGUGUACUCUUUGGAGGAAAGGAGAGAAAUAAAUGUAGCAAAUCAAUAAAAUAAUAUAAAUUAGCUGAUAGAGAC